UCCGCCGUGCCAUGAUAAAAACCCACUGGCGGCCCAUAUCACGAGCAUGUCGUCAUACAGCCACACCGGGCCAUAUACCAAUGAAAGAAAAGCCCACGAAGGCCUGGUUCAGAAUGGGCCCAUGAUACAAGUUGCACGUGUGGGCUUCGUGUAAACCCAAACGAAUGGACUGCCCUCGAGCAAUCAUCGUCAUCGUCAUCGUCAUCGUCGAGCAGAGAAGCCGUCGCCGCAUCCAGGCAACCAAGCUCGCUGACCCAAUUUAAUCCCCACCGAUGAAAACAGUGCUCGGAGCGCGACGUCCAACUCCCCAACCACCGAGCAUGGAUGACAGCUACCUGCCCGCCUUAACCCUCCCAGCCUCCCAACGCCGGCCGACGUCGACUCGAUCUCGCUCAGCCUCUGCAACACCACAACCAAUGCCGGCUGCUCCCGCCACGCGCACCACAACCACCCAUGGCCGACGCCGCCAACCCGCCGACCAAGCCCACCAAAGCCGCCUCCGCCGCACCUUUCGUCGUCUUUGACGCCGCCGCCAGCGCCAAGGCCAGCAAACCCAAAGCCGCAGCCGCCGACGCCGUCGUCAGCGCCGAUGCCCCGACGCACGGCCGUGGCUGCCGCUGGGCGCGGUGGGCGUGCUGCGGCGUGGCUGUCGCCGGCGCGCUGACGGCCGCGGCGGUGCUGGCGCUGUCGCUCACCGUGCUCAGGGUGCGGGACCCGACGCUGUCCAUGGAGUCCGUGGCCGUCACGCGCUUCAGCGUGCGCUUCGACGCCGCGCACCCGGCGCGGCCGCUGCGGAUCAACGUCACGCUGUCCGGCGACAUCGUGAUCCACAACCCCAACUACGAGUCGAUGCGGUUCGGCGCCAGCGCCACGGAGAUCUUCGUGGAAGGAGCAGCGGAGCCGGGCCCCGUUGGCGUCGGGCGCGCGCCGCCCGGAGAGGUCCCCGCGCGCGGCGCCAGCCGGGUGGGCGCCGAAGUCGACGUGCUCGUCGACAGGGUCGCGCCCGCCGUGGUGGCCCAGGUGCUGUUCGGCGGCGGCGAGGUGCGCCUCGACACCCGCACCGCCGUCGACGGCAGGGUCAGCCUGCUCGGCGGACUCUACGGCCGCCGCACCGUAAGGGUCGCCAUGCGCUGCCGCGUCGCGCUCCGCGUCUCGGCCGCGGCCGUCGCCGUCGCCGGCAGCCCCGCGUGCGUCGCCGACUUCGGACGCUGACGUCGUCUACUCGUCGUUUGGCUUUGUGGUCUAGUCUGUGGGUGAGCCGGCCGGUGUAGUUUUUGCCCUUUCUCUUUACCGCCGGCGGUGACCGGCGGAGUUAGUUACGAUGGCGGCUAAGAUAUAACCGCCGAGUACUCCCUCCCUGUCAGUAAAUUCCGGCUUGCUUCGUUUACCAUAAUACUCCAAAUCUACUGUGUUCGUCUUGUACAGUUGUUUAUAUUAUUCUAAUCUAACUUUUGUUGACAGCUUCUUUUGGCGGGGCCAUA